GUUUGCAUAUAUAUAGAAAGGAAGCAUUUGCAUAAAACCGAGAAAAAAAAUAGAGAAUACGCUCAAAAGCACAACAUGUCUUGAAUAAAGGCUAACAUAACAUUUCGAAAACUAAUGAAAAUAAAUUUAAACCGUCAUAACUUUUGGCAAAUAUUGCCUAUAUCAAAUUGAAAAGAACUGAAAUCGAUUAAAGAAGAAAACUAAUGUGUUUGUAAAGGCAUUAAAAAAAAACUCGAACCAUAAUCUCACCAGGAACUAAAUGAUCGAUAGGGUUUGUGUGCGUGUAUGCGUGUACGUGCGUGGAAACAGUUUGCGAAUACACAUAUGGAACAGAAGCAUCUGUAUAAAAAUCCAAAAGGAAAGAGGAGAAAACUACCCACGAAAUUUAUAUACGGAAAACAGAGGACAAAACCAGAUUGUUAACGAACUGCACAAUAGCAGCAACAACAAUAACAAAUAAUAAGUGAACAAAGAUUAAUGGUUCUCUCAUUUCAGGUGCCUAGGUCAACAGUAACGACAUCCUCAUCAGCUCCACCAUCAUUCUGUUCACCAACAACGGCCGCAAAAGCAACGGUGCCUAAGUCAACAGCAGCAGCACUCUCAUCAGUUCCAUCCUCAUUCGGUCCACCAACAACAGCAGCAACAGCAACGGCAAGUAUAAUUGUAGGCAGGUCCGGUGUACUCAAGCCACCCGACAACUGUCAAACAACCUUCAACGCAUUAUCAACCCCACCAGCAGCGACAAUAGCAAUAGUAACACCACCAUUGUCAACGCAUUCCCACUCCAACCGCAGCAUUAACGCCAAGAACUUCAUCACGCAUCAGAAUAGCAGAAUAUACAACAACAACAACCACAAUCUCGCCAAACACCAGGAACAACCAGCGCAACUACAGCAACAAUUACAGCAACAGCAGGAAUACAAUUACAACAACAGCAGCAAUAACCAAAAAACAACUUUCCUAACAACAAACACCAGCAACAGCUACCCCCACCAUUAA